UUCUGGUAACGCCGGACGCUGACAGUGCGGCCAUGUCGGAAAAAAGCGGCUUGCUAGCGCUCUGCCCUCAGGGAGCAGUGACGGGCCAAGACCAGCCAGUCACAUGUAAGCUUAGGGGUAGAUGUUCCCUUUUUCCUGUUAAGUGCCACUAGCUUCUCCCUCCCCCUUCGCACGCCGGGAAAUGUAGUCCGGUGGCCAUUGCCGGCGGAGGCUGGACCGAGGCGUUCUCUCAGAGCAUGACGGGAGUUGUAGUUGGGGGGCGUCCCGGAAGGUUCCGGGUGACGCCUUCUGGUCCGGGGGCGGGCGGUCAUAGCGCUCCUUGGCUGAAAGGAGGAGGAACUGGCAACUGGGAGGAGGCUCUAGCGAGGCCUGGAAGUCUGCGCAGCUAGGCGGGGAGGGAAUUUAGGGUUGGGGGACGGCCAAGGAGCGCGUCUGAUAUGCCGCUGGGGUCGUGACCGCUCGGGGACCAAGGCAGGACCUGGCCAUACCCAGCCUGGAGGCCUCGCCUUCGUUGGGCCUAAUUUCUAAAGGCUGGGUAGGCCUUAACGAGAGGCUUCUUUCCGUGCGACCGCCGCGGAUUCCUGCCCUGAUUUUCUGUCCAGGAGAUGGCCUCCCCGAGCCCCCCGCCGGAGCCAAAGGGGUUGCUGACAUUUGAGGAUGUGGCUGUGUUUUUUACCCAGGAGGAGUGGGAUUAUCUGGAUCCAGCACAGAGAAGCCUGUAUAAAGAUGUCAUGAUGGAGAAUUAUGGAAACCUGGUCUCACUGGAUGUUUUGAACAGAGAUAAGGAUGAGGAGCCAACUGUGAAACAAGAAAUUGAGGAGAUUGAGGAAGAAGUGGAACCACAGGGUGUAAUAGUUACAAGAAUCAAAAGUGAAAUUGACCAAGAUCCCAUAGGUAGGGAAACCUUUGAACUUGUUGGUAGGUUAGAUAAACAGAGAGGUAUCUUCUUAUGGGAAAUACCAAGGGAAUCUUUGGCCCAGGACCAGAGAAUGUUCAGAGGAAACAGUAAUAUUAUUCGUAAGAGAUCAAACUCAGAAGAGAAAUGCCAUAAAUGUGAAGAAUGUGGAAAAGGUUUUGUCAGGAAGGCCCAUUUCAUUCAACAUCAAAGGGUACAUACUGGUGAGAAGCCUUUUCAAUGCAACGAAUGUGGAAAAAGUUUUAGUCGCAGUUCAUUUGUUAUUGAGCAUCAGAGAAUUCACACUGGGGAAAGGCCGUAUGAGUGUAAUUAUUGUGGAAAAACCUUUAGUGUGAGCUCAACCCUUAUUAGACAUCAGAGAAUCCACACUGGAGAGAGACCCUAUCAGUGUAAUCAGUGUAAACAGAGCUUCAGCCAGAGAAGGAGCCUUGUUAAACAUCAAAGGAUUCACACAGGUGAGAAACCCCAUAAAUGUAGUGACUGUGGAAAAGCCUUCAGUUGGAAGUCACACCUUAUUGAACAUCAGAGAACUCACACUGGUGAGAAACCCUAUCACUGUACCAAAUGUAAGAAAAGCUUUAGUCGAAAUUCAUUACUUGUUGAACAUCAGAGAAUUCACACUGGGGAAAGACCUCAUAAAUGUGGAGAAUGUGGGAAAGCUUUUAGAUUAAGUACGUACCUUAUACAACACCAAAAAAUCCACACUGGUGAGAAGCCUUUUCUUUGUAUCGAAUGUGGAAAAAGCUUCAGUCGGAGCUCAUUCCUUAUUGAGCAUCAGAGGAUCCAUACAGGUGAAAGACCUUAUCAGUGCAAAGAGUGCGGGAAAAGCUUCAGUCAGCUGUGCAACCUUACUCGUCAUCAGAGAAUUCACACAGGAGACAAACCCCAUAAAUGUGAGGAAUGUGGAAAAGCCUUUAGCAGAAGCUCGGGUCUUAUUCAGCAUCAGAGAAUCCACACCAGAGAGAAGACUUAUUCAUACAAUGAAACCAAGGAAAGUUUUGAUCCAAAUUGCAGUCUUGUUAUACAGCAGGAAGUCUACCCCAAGGAAAAAUCUUAUAAAUGUGAUGAAUGUGGAAAAACUUUCAGUGUCAGUGCCCACCUUGUACAACAUCAAAGAAUCCACACUGGUGAAAAGCCCUACCUAUGUACUGUAUGCGGGAAAAGCUUCAGUCGGAGCUCAUUUCUUAUUGAACAUCAAAGAAUCCACACUGGUGAGAGACCUUAUCUGUGCAGACAGUGUGGCAAAAGCUUUAGUCAGCUUUGUAAUCUUAUUCGACAUCAGGGUGUUCACACAGGUAAUAAACCCCAUAAAUGUGACGAAUGCGGGAAGGCCUUUAGCCGGAACUCGGGCCUAAUUCAGCAUCAGAGAAUACACACAGGAGAGAAACCUUACAAGUGUGAGAAGUGUGACAAAAGUUUUAGUCAACAGCGCAGCCUUGUCAACCAUCAGAAGAUCCACACAGAGGCAAAAACUCAAGAAACCCAUGAAUGUGAUGCUUGUGGCGAAGCCUUCAAUUGCCGCAUCUCUCUUAUUCAGCAUCAGAAAUUGCACACUACAUGGAUGCAGUAAAUGUAGAGACAUACUCAAGCUCAGUUGGACUUGAGACUAGCUACCCAAGUGCAGUUUCAGUAUGGCUCCCUGUGAGUCCGGUUUAGUGACAAAGCAGAUUGUCCUUGGCCUCAGGCAAAUGGUUUCUAAAGAUUCUGUGAAAGGGGGACAGCUGCCCACAGGCAGCUGAAGACUUCCAUUACUCUCUAUUUUGAUGAUCCUAGAGAAGGACUCAGUAAUUUAUUUAAGCAUCUUUUUUUCUCACACGUCUUUUAGGAGAGAGGUCAAACCCAGGUUCAGAGCACUUGGUAUUAUAAUUAAUAAAGGGACAAGGACAAAGUUGCAUUGGUACAAGGGAGCAGAAGUGAGAAAACUGGAAUAAUUAAUUAUUCAGGAGUGUCCCCUGCCACCAUCAUAUGAUGGUUCGUUCAGUUCCAUAAUAUGCUUGGCAGUGCAUGCCAAAGCCUAGUGACGAAGCAUAUGAUUAAGUUUUCAAGGAAACAGCCCCUUUUUUUUUU